AUUCGACGUCAUGGCUUCGGGACCAACUUCACUUGUUUCUGUCCUUUUUGAUUUGGUCGUGAAAGCAGCAGGACGCAUGGGUUUGCCAUAAAUUUUUUAAGCAUUGGCAAUCCAUGUGCUCAGUUUGGAAGCGGAUUUUUAUUUCAAUUUUGCCAUUAAAUUUUACAUCGACAAUUUUCAAAAGCAACGGAGAUAACAAUCCACAAAAAAUAUAGGUACUAUUAUUUUUCAUUGUGCUUAGUUUGGCAGCUGUAUGUGUACCAGUGCAUCGGGACAGUAAAGCAUCGGAUUUGACAGAGGAGCAUAAAGCAGAAUAUUGAAUGAAUCAUGUUGUCCCUUGUUCAAUUUGAAGAACACGAUUUUUAUAUAGUAAAUACAAAAAGCAUUAAUUUUGUAACCGACAGAAGAUGCGUUGCAAAGUACAAGGGUUGCAAAUACUCUGCAACACUUGUAGCAAAAAGCGAUGAUAAGUUACACCUCGAACGUAUUAAAGCAGAAAAACUUAAACAUUGCAAUGUACAAACAAAUGUUUUUGGGUCAGUAGAUGCUCCGUCGAUAAAUGAGGAAUCAAGUAAUGUUUGUUCCGCUGGUAGCAAGCUAAGCUUUUCAAGUUUGGAAAAAUCAAAGGUGUUUUCUCUUAUUCAAUUUGAAAACGAUGAUUUUUACAUACUUGAGUCUAAAAAAGUCAAAUUAAAAGCAGGAAAUAAAUGUGUUGCAAAAUAUAAAGGAUGCAACUACUCGGCCACAUUGAUAGCAGAAAGUAGCGAUAAAUUACUUCUUGAAAAACAAAUAAAUGAUAGCAAAAUUCUCCACAUAAAUGAAUUAUCGUCUAAGUCAUUGAAUGAACACAAAUAUUUCGGUAAUUUGAAAAGCCCUUAUUCCGAUAAAAACGCUGCGGAUUCCGGUAUUUUAAAAUCUGAUUUUACGACUGCAAAUUUCCCAAAGUUAUCCAAAAAUGAUCCAGUUUCAUCAAUUAUUUCAGUAAAAUACGAAACAAAAACACAACAAGAAUUUUUAUCUCCUAUCAAUAACUGCCAAAUGGAUUUAGUCUCCGCUGCUCCAACAUCUCGUAUUACAACUUCCGUAUUCUCUAACUUAACCAAUAACUGUCCAGUUUCAUCCACUAUAUCCGACAAACUCGAAACAAAUAUACAAAAGAAUUGUAUGUCUCCUAUCAAAAACCGCCAAAAUGAAAUAGUCUCCCCUGCUCUAACGUCAUGUAUUACUCCUAUCAAAUUCGUCAACAUAGCCAAUAAUUAUCCUGUUUUAUCCAACAUUCCAAACAAAUUCGAAACAAAUAUACAAAAGGAUUUUACGCCUGCCAUUAAAAACUGUCAAAUUGAUUUACCGUGCUCUGUCCGCCAAUCUGGUAAUACUACAGCCACAUGCAACUUAACCAUUGAUUAUCCAGUUUUAUCCAAAUCCGAAACAAAUAAGCAAAAGAGUUUUACAUCUUCUAAGAAAAACAGCCAAAUCGAUUUAGUUUCCAGGGCCACAAAAACUUUAAUCAACGAUUGUCGAGAUCUAGAUAGUAAACAUUUUUCUAUUCCCCCCCAUUCUACGGCGUUUCAUAAAAAUUUUUCUAGCACUCCAAUUGCUCCAAAUGGUCGUCCAGUUCCUGAAAUUUGCCUUACCAGUUCUCGUAUUUGCCCCAAGAAGUUUGCCUAUAACACAGAACAAGAUUCCAAAAUUUCCAGCCCUUCACAUGAUUUACCGAAAAUAGUUCAAGUUGACAUACUUGUUCCUUCUUACGAAAAUGACACAACCUCAAUUCAAUAUGACCCUAACAUGAGUGGGUGCUUCGAUGCUACGUUCUCUAUUGAAAAAACUAAAAACAUUUCCAGCAUCAAGGGAACGGAAUCAAUUGAAUUGACAAAUAAGUCGGUGGAAAUCAAUGAAAACCAAGAGCAAGACAUUAAUUUUAACAAUAAGACUUUAAUUAUCGGAAACUGUUCAACCAUUUCAUUUAAUACAACCAUUUGUGGAGCAGUACCUGAGCCAUUACCCGUUGUUAACAAAUGUCUUACAAAAAUCGGAAAUGACUCAACGGCUACAACAAUGUGUUCUGGGGCAGAAACGACGGUAUCAGAAUAUCAACCAGGUUCAUUACUUUCUAAUUCAAAUAAUACCUCUUUAGAGACUUCGAAAGAACCAUUAAAAGCAAUAGAAAAUCCCAUUAAUAUAAACAAUUUACUGAUGCAAAAUCCCAAUAUAAAAUCAAAACAACAUUUUUGCAUUUUUUGCAGUAAGUUGCAAAGUAAACUGGCUAGGCACUUCUUCUUGAAACACAAAAUAGAAAAACGCGUAAAACAAGCAAUGGCAAUGCCAAAAAAGAGUCUACAACGUUUAAAGUUAUUAGAAGAACUUCGUAAAGAGGGAGAUUAUGCUCAUAACACAAGAAGUAGUAAAAAUUCUGGAAUUUUAAUACCGACGAGACGAAAUCUUAAAGUUGUCAAAACUGCUGAUGAUUACACUUGCUGCAAAAAUUGUAAAGGGUUCUACACCAAAGACGGUAUCCGUCAUCAUUUAAAAAACUGUUGCCCUGGGAAUAAGGGGAAUAGAAAAAAUCUAAUUGAGGGACGCCAACUAACGCAAUACAUUCAUCCCGCAGCAAGUGAUUUAUUAAAAUUAGAAAUUUUUCCAGUUCUAAAUAAUGAUAACCUGGUAAAGGAGAUUCGAUAUGACGAACUUGUUAUAAAAUUUGGAAAUAAAUUAGCAGAUAAACUUGUACCACAACAUCAACAUGAUCAAGUAAGAGCAAAUAUGAGACUGUUGGGCCGUUUUAUAAUUCAAAUGAAAAAGUUAGUACCGGAUGUUAAAGAAUUAAAAGAUAUAUAUAAGCCGUAUCUAUACGACAGUGUCGUUUUAGCUUUGCGAAAUACUGCGAAAUGGAAUAUGCAUACUGGUUUUGCUACCCCUUCAGUGGCAUCAAGUCUUUCAACCCUAAUAAAAAAGUGCGGACAUACAUUGAAAUCCGAAUUCGUAAAAUCCCAGGAGUAUGAUUUGAAAGAGCAGUUAAACGAUUUCAUGAUUCUUUGGGAGGAAGACACUCCAAUACAGAUAAAUCGUAGAGCAGUUUUAGAUCAACAAAAACUGAAGAGAUUAAAACAAGUGACUCUACCGAGUAAAAGCGAUAUUCAAAAGUUGAGUAUUUAUUUAAGAAAGAAAAUGGGAGAUUCGUUAAGAAUCUUAUCAAUGACGUAUAAAUACCUUGAAUGGAGAACAUUGGUUCAGUCCUCAUUGGUAUAUAUACAAAUGUUUAAUCGGAGAAGAGCAGGGGAGACAGAAAGAUUGUUGGUCGAAAAUUACAAAGUGAAAAGUCGAAUUACUGAUAACAUGUCGGAAGACUUAGCUAAAAAUAUGUCAAAAGAAUCAAUGGAUUAUGCUAAGCGAUUCGUAAGAGUAAGUUUAACUGGAAAACUGGAUAGAGGUGUAAGCAUUUUGCUGGACGAAUUAUGUCAAAAAGCCAUAGACACCAUAUUAAAGUAUCGCAAAAAAGCUGGAAUAAAGAAAAACCCUUAUAUAUUUUCUCGAAAAGUCAAAUCUAAUUUGGAUAAAAAAUAUUAUCGAGCUUGUCCAUUGAUGAGACAAUUUUCAAUUGAGUGUGGUGCAGAAAUGCCUAAAACGUUAAGAGGUACUAUGCUUAGGAAGCAUAUAGCAACUUACACAUCAAUUUUAAAUAUUGGGGAAGCUUCAGUGGACACCCUCGCCAACUUUCUUGGUCACCACAAAGACAUCCACAAGAACCAUUAUCGACUUCCAGUGCCAGUGGCGGAAAUCACAACAGUUUCAAAGCUUCUAGAAUCAGCAGCAGGGUACGACGAACAACAAGAUGAUGAGGACGACGACGAAGGUGAUGAAGACCAAGUAGAUGAGGGAGACAGUGAUGGUGGCAGUGGUGAAGACAGCGGUGAAGACAGCGGUGACGACGGCGAUGGAGAAAAUAAUGACGAAAGGGAAGAUGUUGAAGGUGGAGCUAUGGACAAUAAUUUGGAAUCAGAAUAUGAGGAAGAAAAUAAAACACAACCAACAAAACGUAAAAGAAACACCUCACCCUACGGAAAAACAAAACGAACACGGUGGACUUUUCACGAGAUGGAAGAUAUGGAGGAGGAAUUUGGAGAAAUUACCUUUAUAGAAAAGCUGCCGUCAUUAAAAGCAUGCCAGUCGGCAAUAAAUAAAUAUGGUUCACUACGCCAUCGAAGCCCUCAACAACUUAAAUCAUGGCUUCAAAAUAAAAUGAGACAGAAAAAAAAAUCUAAUUAACAGCUUUUUAAAAAUAUGUUUAUUUUAAUGCAUAAAAAAGGCUUUUAAAACAAAAAUCAAUUACUUUCCGCCUCACAGGGUAGGGGUUGAUCAAGUCAUUGAAAAUACCAAAUCUAUUAAAUGUUUUUACGGAAAAAAAAUUAGUACAUAAUUAAAGUACAAGAAGUGCAUUAAUUUAGUCAAUCACAACGUACUUAGUACACUCCAGUCCUUUUUGUUCAACAAAUGUAUUUAAUGUUAUUAGUUUUAAGACAGGUAUUAGUUUUAUUUUAUUAAACACGCAAAAAUACAUACUUUUUUAUUAAAAAGAAAUUUGUGUAGAAUAAGUGUUCCUUAAUAACAACAAUUCAAGUACCGGAAUAUAAUUUUCCUAUUAUUCACUUUAACCAUAACAUACCUAGUAUACG